UGAUCGGUGUAAAUUGUUUCUCACUUGGAACUUGUUUCUCUUUUGCAAUUAGACUAUUAUAUUAGUCUUUAAUAAUAAUAAACAAUCUUUAUUUUGAGGAAAAUCUCAGCAGUCAAGCAUUUAAACAAAAUAGUGUCAGCACAAAAGAAAUAUCAAUUUUAAAUUCACUCACAAGUUGGGAAUUGACAAUUGAGAUAACUGAACCUUUUACUGCUCAAUCUCAAUAUAAUUCACCUCUAGUGAGCCAUUUUGAUCUGCUCUAGCAGGUGGCACUAUGCCACACAGAAGGUUUGUGCAAUCAUGACACAAUCUCUGUGCCAGUCAAAGUUUGGCUUUAACACUCUCUUCCUAGGGAAGUGCCAUCUUCGGUCUUUCAUGCUUUCUAGGGGAUUUUUCAUCAAGUCACAAGCCUUCCUUUUAAAAGUGUGUGAUUCAUAUGCUCCUAUUUGGACGAUGAGACGAUCAACAAGUCAUCGAUGUAACUGAAGAAGAAGUCCAGUGCUCGUAGAACUUCAUCGAUGAAUCUCUGGAAGGUCUGGGCAGCGUUCCUGAGUUCAAACGUCAUGAGCAGGAACUGUAAUAUUUCGAAUGGAGUCGUGAUGACUGUCUUGUUCAUGUGUUCUUCGUCUAGAGGAAUCUGGUGUACGCUCGCACUAGGUCGAGGGUAGGAAGAUUUUCUUUCCUUGCAGGAUGUGAGCGUAGUCCUGACUGGGCCUCACAAACUCACAAGAUACUGGUCGACGAUAGUCCGGGCGUUCAAAGCUCAGUAAUCUCCACACGGUAUCCAUUCUUCUGAAUACAUCUUUGGUGCGAGGUGCAGCAGGGACAACCAUGGACUGUUAGAUGGACGGGCGAUCUCUAGUCGGAGCAUGGCUUCAAAUUCCUUCUUGUUUGCUUUGAACUUCUCAGGUGCCAAGCGUCGUGGUCUCACUGCAACUGGGGAUCCAUGGGUCAUUUUGAUAUGAUGUCUUGUGUUCUCCUUCUAGCCUGGUAAUUCCUGAAAAAGAUUUUAUCAACUCAUGGUAUCUGAAGGAUCCGUUGACAGCCUUGACUUCUGGGAUGUUACACUCAGCCACUUCUCCUCGGGUAGUGAGUUGGGUGGUGCUGUCCAGAAAUUUUUGGUUCCUUACGUCCACUAGAAGGUUGUGGAAACUCAAGAAGUCGAUAUAUCAGUAUCGACUUCUUGAGUUUUUACGUAAGGAGAUUUCACCUGGAGGUUCGUCCUAGCAGGUGUAUCCAAACCCAUCAUUGGAGGGGUUUGGAUAUAUCUGCUAUGACGAGCCUCCAGGUGAAAUCUCGGGGUAGUCCUAAGUUCACUGUGAUCUGCUCCUGUGUCGACCAGAUACUGCAGCUUGGCGUCCCUAUUCUGCUGUCUUUCACGAUGUCCAACGAAACCUGGACUCUCUUGGACAUACGGUUCAUCUUUUGGAUUUCAACAGGCCCUGUAAAUGGCGAAGAAACUGUGAUGGCUUACAGUCCCCCAUUUCUACACGCUCCAGAAGGCGUGAAAUCUUCUUUUAAUGAGACGUCAAAUCAGAUUGGUCCUCAACUCGUCAGUGGGUGGAUUGAUGAUGAUACCAACAUCAUUGAAAAAUAUGCAAAAGAGUGUUGCCUUGAAUAAGAAAUAACAUGAAUUGGAUGGAAAAACUACUCAUAACGCUGCUAGCACAACUAUACCUGAAGAAUAUUCCACCAACUUAUGCCUUAUUGCAGAGCUCAAUAGACCCAUAUGAAAACAAUUCUUCGACAAAUGAUGUCAGCCUAGAAAACUACAUUCAAUUUUUAUCGUCAAUAUUGAUGAAGUCUUGGCCAUCUGGCAUAAGUCCCCUAUUAUAUGUAGAGAAAGAUGUAGAACAAAUUCUUCAAAAUGGGGAACAACUGGUAUACACAGAUUCUUCUUCUACUUCAUCACAAGAUAAACGCUCAAAAUAUUACCGUAAAUUUCCCCUGAAACGACAAAAAUAUUCAAGAUAUGAUGCAGAAAACCGAUACUUGUGCCUUCCUUCCAAAGACGAAGUUUUCAAUCUUUUGGUGGCCUUGCAUAAAACUCGACAAGGAAAAAGAGGACAAAGAGUUAAUUUUUGCAACAGAAAGAGACUGGCGGGAGCUGUUUUCACAAAUUUACGAUUUUUGGGUAAAUAGGAAUGAACGCUUAUGAUAUUAAAAAUUUUGAAUCGAACAACUAGAAAAGAACAUAAUUCAUAUUUUUAUUCAUAAGAAAAUUGAAAUCUAGCACAAAAAAUUUCGAUUAAUAUUAUUAGUUGAAUUGGAAUUUGGAAACGUAGAUAAUCAUAUUGCAGUGAAUAUCUAAACGCCUUAUUUUAAAGAAGCAUGUUUUUUCUAACUUUAAUUGAACAUUUUAGAGGUUAUUUAAAAAAAACAGAUGUUUUGGUAAUGUUUCCAUACUUUAAUUUGUGCCAAACUGAAUAUGGUAUAUGUUUCUACUCGAAAAUACUUUUGAGUUUUCACUUCUACAUAUUAGUAAUACACUAUGUCCGUAAAGUAUGGAACAAAUUCAUUUUUAGCUAAACAGACCAUUUUAAGAAAUAAUCCUGAAACACGUCGAUUUUUUAUUUUAAUUUACCGUAUUUUUAAAUGAUAAUCUAAUAUGCAGGGUGAAUUAAUUUCGAGUGAUGACGUCACCGUCAUUUUUUUUUUAAUGGAA